GGCAGGUAAAAAUUGUGACUUGAUUGUGUGGAAUGCUGAGACAGGUAAACCACGCUGAGGAAGACGUUGAAAUAGUAUGUCACUCGUUGUGAGUCAGAAGCAAUAGUUUUCAUAUUUUAUUUUUUUUCCAUGCCUGUGGUUCCUUAAUUACUAUCACUGAAGUCUUUACCUGACUGGAUACAUUUCUUUGUUUUUUUUAAAAAAAAGAAAAAUCUUACAAUGGGCAAGAAAGGUUUAAAGUUCUUUCUUUUCAUAGUGAACAUACUGUUUUUUAUUGCGGGUUUGGUGACAUUUGCAAUUGGAGUAUGGACUGCUACGGACAGAAUCUUCAUGUCAGAUAUCAUUGGUUCUAACCUCUAUUCAUCAGCAUCAUAUAUGAUGAUCAUAUCUGGUAUUGUCAUCACUUUGGUAUCGAUUUUAGGAUGUGUCACUUCCUGGAGAGAAAUGCGAUUUGGUGUCCUUAUAUAUUUCAUAAUAUUACUGUUUAUUUUCGUAUUCCUGGUAAUUGCUUCUAUUUUGGCUGUCGUGUUCCGUGGAGAGUUAGAAGAUGUCAUGUCGAAAUCCAUGGGAGAAACUCUGAUAAAGCAAUAUGGUAAUGAUAUUGAACGAAAUGCAGAGAACAGGGCCGUCACUAAAGCUUGGGAUCUUACACAAGAAAGGUUGGAAUGUUGCGGAGUAGAUUCAAGAGGUUGGGAAAUAUACAGAGAAUCUCGCUGGUACCGUGACCAACCCAACACUGCCAUCAAGUUCGUACCUGUUUCCUGUUGUAAAAAUAUUCAUGUCAACAGAAUAACUAGGACGAGGCACUGCCAAGAAACCACUAUGGGUCCACCUGCUGUUACAGAAGGUGGCAAAAAUGACUAUUUAUUUUAUCAGGGCUGCUAUGAUGCUGCCUACACAUUCGUGAUGGAUCAAGCUGGCAUUCUUUUAGCGAUUGGCUUUUCUUUCUCCAUUGUUUUGAUAUGUGGUCUUGUACUAUCACUUUGUCUCUUUAGAUACAUUAAACGGACCCCAACAGAGAACAGGGCGACUAGUGCACCACUUUAAAUAAAGAUUGAUUGUCCAGCUUAAUGUGUGAAUAUGUGUGUGUAUAUAUAUAUGUAUAUACACACACAUUUCUUAAAAAUAAAUAGACACCAUAUUUGAAAAAGAUUUAUUUCUAGAAACAAAAUAAUGUUAUUUGAUGCAUUUAAUUACUUAAUCUAGUAAUUAGUAGUCUUGCUUUGUGCAGUUUUUAAUAAUAUAAUCCUUUUUGGGCAUCAUACAAACGAUUGGUGUCCAUCAAGAUAAAACAGUAGAAUGAGGGUGUGUCUAUUUACUUUUGAGAUGUGUGUGUGUGUUUACAUGUUUAUAAAUUCACACAUGCAUACAUAUGUAUAUCCAUGUAUAUAUGUUCAAUACACACAAACAACAUAAUUGCAUGUACAAAUGUAUGUAAGUGUGUCUAUGAUAUAUAUAUAUAUAUAUAUAUGUUUGGGUGUACAAAUGGAAUAGCAUGUACUCAGUGCGUGUAGAGACUAUUUAUUUGUUCCAAGUUGAUGAUUCAUUUCAUUGCCAGUUUGAGUUUCUCACUUUUCUGCUUUUGUUUGUUCAUAUAUAUAUAUGUGUGUGUGUCUGUGUGUGUAUACACACUAUACACACACGCAUACAUGCAUACCUUUGUCUGCUUACUGCUACAAAGGCACCUAAAACAAUUAGCAAAAGCAUGGUUCAAGCUUUCAGCUCAUACUUAUUUGUGUGUGACAGCUAAUCUAUAUAUAUAUAUGUGUGUAUAUAUAUAUAUUUCGAUUUAUAAAGUAAGUUUGUUAUUUUGUACAUAAAAACUGAAUUUUCUUUCUGCUUGUCAUUAACUUAGUAACUAAUUAAAGAUUUGCUUAGUUAUGAUUCAUUAUCAUCUGAUGAAAUCCAGCAAUCUAAAGGUGUUGCUAUUUCUCUCUCAUCUUUUAGUGAGUGCAUUGUUUUGAAAGAUAUCCAUCACAUGGCCCUUGUUGGGUAUAGUUUAUGAUGACCAUCUGGUUGACUUCAUACACAGUCAUCAUCUCUCCCCCAUUCUACUUGUAGGACUUACAACUGAAGCUUUACAAAGGGUCUUAUCCCUACUGUAUUGAUUAUUAUUGAUAUUACUAGGGUGUAGUAGAUUGGUGGAAUUAUUAGAGCUUUAGAAAAUUGCCUUGUGGUAUUCCUUCCAGUUCUUUAUAGUUUAAAUUUUGCCAAGAUCAACUUUUGCCUCUUAUCCUUUCAUCCUUUCAAAUAGAUAAAGUAUAGCAUCAGUCAAGUAAUGGGUUGAUAUUAUCAACUAUAAUUCAUCCCUCUAAAUUUCUGACCUUGUGCCUAUAUUAAAAACAAUUGCUAUUAUUCUGAGAGCCUGUUUGGAAUUUUCUUGAUUUUCUGAAAUUCAUUUGCUUCUAAAAUUUAAAAAUAGAGAAAAGGGAAAAAUAUUAAAAAAAUAAACUUCUUGCAACAAGAGAACAUGUGGAACUUAAAUACUUCUGACAAAGUUGCUCUCUCGGUUGCUUUCAUAGAAGUGGUUGUGAUGUUUAGUUCUUGAUCAAAGCAAAUUGUUACCAUCUCAUGUUUGAGGGGUAUAGUUUACAUUAUCUGAUGUGCCUUUGCUUUUUUUGAAGAGGAUGCUAUUUAUGGGAUGUUUUUCUGCUAUCUUUAACAGGUGUAAUGUCCACUUAUCCUUAUUGGCUUGUAAUAGUUUUGCAAAACUUUAGCUGUGAAUAUUACCACUUCUGUGAGAUUUUCUCCUGUUCUGUAAAAAUUGCUUUUAGAGUACAAACGACUUUUUUGCAUGGAAGUUGCCUUCUCUUCAGAAAUAUUUUUUACUAAUUCUUGUUGCUUCCUCUACAGCAAUUUUCUUAUGGAUGCUGUCUUCUCAUUAGACAGUUCCUCUCCAACAGUAAUUACUGUAUUAAAAUUUCUUAUGACAAAAUUUAUCAGGGUUUAGACUGUCAUUUAGUUUAGUGUAUUGUUGUUUGCCUCAAGUCAACUUUAUCUAAAAGGACCUAUGAUCAAAGCUGUUCCAGCUGUAAUCCUUUUUUAAGACAGUAGUGUGUGAGUUUAGGGAGAUUUGACUGCUAUUUCUAGCAAAUCAGUUACUCAUGUUAAGAGUGUCUCAUUGUCAGACUAACUGUGGAAACAUUAACAGCUUGCACUUCAUCACUCUUAUACAGUAAGCCAACAAAGGCACCUAUGUAUGGUUGCUUGAACUGUUAAAAAUGGCAGCCAAAUCUCCUUCAAAUCUUUCCCUACCAUUUUAAAUAUAAGAAGGACACAUUCAAUAAAAUACUUGAAGUACAUUGUAUGAAAAGAAGAAAAAUAGGAUGAUUAUGAUUGGAAGAUUUUUGAUAAUGUGUCUGCUAAAUCAGGGUUGACUUGGGUUAAACAACAACAAAUCUGUUUAUUUGUAAUGUUGUUUAACUUUCUCUUACACAGUCAGUCUACUGUAAACAGUGGGAGCACUGCAUGGUUAAUGAGCAUUUAUUUUAUGUUGCAAUGUGGAAUUCAAGUUUUCCUAUAAACAUGGGUCAUUAUAGAAAUAUUCACAUUAUAGCCAUGUCUCAAUCAAUCCAAUAAUGACCAUCCAAAGCAAAACCUUAAUGUGAGUGAAUUUUACAAAGAAUUUUUCACAGCAACCACUGCAAAACAGUAAACUCCCAGAAAGUGGGUAGGCAUGGGUCCAUGUGGUUAAGGAGUGGGUCCAUGUGGUUAAGGAGUUUGUAAGUGAAAAUAUAUGAACCCUUUACGUGACACACAGCACAAGUAUCUUGUAAUAGAGCCUUCAAUUGGCAAUACAUUAAUUAGAAUUUGAUAGACAGAAACUCUGGAAUCUCAUUUGGGCAUGCUAGAAGAGUGCAUAAAUGUUGGGUGUAAGUACAUGUGUGCAUGUGUAUAUGUUUGUAUGAGUGUAUGUGUGUGUGUCUGUAUCUUUUGACAUAUAUUGGAAUGUUCUGUUAAACACCAGUCUGAGAACAAAGAAACCAAUUCUCUGUGCUGACUCUUGUUGCUAUCUUCAUUAGAAAAUAUGGUGAACGAGUGAUAUUAGUUUAUUGGAAAAUUGUAACUAACAGCACCAUUAUUCAUAAAUCAUGUAUAUAAAACUAAGUGAAACCCACACCAAGGUUUUACUUCCGCUUACUACAACAUCAUUUCUAUAAAUGCCUUCAGUGGAAAGUAUGAAUGUAUCAUCAUUUUUCCCUUACUUCUCCCAACUCAAAAGGACUAAUUGGACAUCCCAUAAUAUGAAAUACCAAAACAUUUGAUUUUACGCAUUAUGUAUUCUGCUGACAAUUAUGGGGCUCCUGACAAAUUUAAUUCUUGUCAGCCUUUUACUUAUUUCUUCCCAAUUUUCUAUCCAUGUCUUACCCAUGUAAAAUAAACUUUUCGCUCAAAGUGGAAUCUAAGCAAAGAAAUCAAUAAACAUGCUGACAUAUAUCAUUA